AUGGACUCCUUUACCACCCCCAUGAGAACUUCAGACUUUGUUUUAGUGCCGAGGGCCUUCGACUGCCCACGGAGGAAGCGCUACAUCAGCGACAGUUCCAAGGAGGAGGAGGGAGUGGUCAUGGGGAGCCCUUUGGCCCAGCCCUUGAUGGAUAUGCUGGAACCCAAACCCGAAACCCAAGUGCUCGCGAGGAAGAGCAACGAGCGUGACAGCAUCCCAUCAUCCACCCCCCUAGAGGAGGAAGGCCACCGUGGCUCGUUGGAAUCACUGGUGGACAAGGUGAACAGAAAAGACGUCGCUCAGUUCGACGAUGCCUUUCUAGAGGCCCUGGAAUCCCCGGACAGUGUUGUAUCAGACAGCGAAGAUAAACAGGGCCUGCCUUGUUUUUGCUCAACGCCAGUACAAAUCAUUGAUGAGGAUGCCAAGGAUUACAGCUAUGUGGAGUUUAUGAGGAGGCGGGGGAUCCUCCAGUGUGACGGGCGCAGCUUUUACUACAAACCCAGCCGCUCGUUACCCAGGGCAGCAGUUUGCCCACGGAGACUCUCUGUCCACGGGGAUCAGCCGCUGGCAGUGCCAGCAGUAGCAGGAGGCGUCCGUGGCCACCCAUCCCGCAGUGAAGAGGAGGAAGAAGACUCUGAUCCGCUGCAGCCGGGAGAGAGCCGCAGAACGUCCCUUCUCCAACGACUGGCCUGGAAACCCAGUGGGGGCAGAAGCACCCAGCAGCUGCAGAACCCAAGGGCACCCCCAAUCUCGUCACCACCCGGGGCAGCUUCCAAGCUGGAUACCCAGCAGCACCCAACCUGGACGGCCAGCAGCGGCAGCUUCCCAGCUGGACACCCGGCUCAGCACCCUGCAGAGGCAGCUUCCCAGCUGGACACCCAGCAGCGCCCUGCAGGGGCAUUAGCUAAGGGUGGCAUCCAGCCGCCCACAGCACCAGCUCUCCAGGGUGCCCUUCCUCACCAGCCGCAGCACCUGGUAACAGCACCCAAGGGGGCCACCCGCAGCGCCGAGGGGGCCACCAUGGCACUGCUCAAGCUCUCCCUCAUGGCCUUCAGCUUCGUCUUCUGGGCGGCGGGGCUGACCAUGCUCACCCUGGGCAUCUGGGCCAAGAUCUCGCUGGGCAGCUACCUGGUGCUGUCUGCCAACCACUACCCCAACACCCCCUUCAUCCUGCUGGCCACGGGCGCCGCCGUCCUGGUCUGGGGCUUCCUGGGCUGCUUCAGCGCCGCCGCCGAGCACCGCUGCCUGCUGCGCACCUACGCGGCCUUCCAGCUGGCGGUGCUGGCGGCCGGGCUGGCGGCGGGGCUCUCGGCCUUGUUCUACCGCAGGGACCUGGCCGAGGGCUUCCGGGCCGGGCUGCGGGAGGCGGUGCGCGCCUACGGCGAGGACGAGCAGAAGGCGGACGCCCUGGACUCCCUGCAGCGCGCCCUGGACUGCUGCGGGGCCGAGAGCUACCGCGACUGGCUCGCCUCGCCCUGGUCCCUGGCGCAGCCCGGGCGCAACGGCUCGGUGCCGGGCAGCUGCUGCCGGGCGCGCCGGGGCUGCCAGCACAGCCCGCUGCCGCCCGACGCCCGCGGCAUCCACCGCGACGGCUGCUUCGCCAAGGUCUCCGGCUUCCUCAGCGACAACCUGUUCUACAUCGCCACGGCCGCGCUGGGGCUGGCGCUGCUGCAGGGCGUGGGCAUCGUGCUGGCCUGCCUGCUGGCCGCCCGCCUCCGCGCCGCGCCGCGCUGAGCGCUGCCCCCGCAGCGCCCGGCCCGGGGUGUUCCCAGCGCCCGGCCCCGCCCGCCUCCUCCGCGGGCAGCAAGGCCCGGGCUGCCCCCAUCGCCCCGCCCGCAGCUUCUGCCCCUGGCUUCCCUCCCCGGAGCCCGUCCUCCUCCCAGCGCUGCGGCUGUCAGCCCCCGCAGCCCCCCUACGCUAAGCCUAUCCCGGGCACCCCUCCAGCACGCCUCUGAAAACUGACUGGCCUCACUGCUGGGGGCGCUAUCCUCUCCCUCCCCCAGCUGCCUGGAGAGCCGCCUGCCGCGCUUCUCCGGGGCUGGACCAGCGACACCCCACCAGCCUCUGACUCCUGUCCCCCAUCCCGCCUCCUCCUCCGGGGACUGGAGCAGCAGCAACCCCCCCCCCCCGCGUCUUAUCUGCUCCCCCCACGUCCUUCCCCGCUUCUCCACCAUCUGCUUGGAGAACUAGAUCGGCAGCACCAGCUCUCCCCUCCUGUCCCCUUGCUUCCCCCCGGCCUCAGCCCUCCCCGGGCAGCGCAUCAGCUUGUAGGCGCCCGCGGAGAGAGACUGGGCGAGAGACUUUCCCGUGUAAACAGCGGUGGGAGGAAGAACGGGUAUCGCUGUCUCCCCGGCCGGGAGGCGAGACUUUCCCGUCACAUACACGCCUGGCAUCCCUGCAAGGGGACAGGGGCUGGGGGGUCUGGGCGCGAGAGGGGUUUGACCCGACAGCGAAGUUAGCGGAGUUUCCUUGGGGGAGAGCGGGGUUUGAUUUUCCAACGGGAGCUGUCGUUAUCGCGGCAGACAACGGGCGGCUGUAGGUUUCAGCCGGUGGCAGGGGCUUUCAAUAGAGGCCUCUGGCGGGCGGCUAGUUCCGGGGACAGUCCUUGAGAGUGCCAGUCCCCCAGUGACACCGGCCCACCCCUGCCUUUUGCUCUUCACCUGCAGUCCAGGUGCCGCCUAGGGGGUCCUCGCUGCUGAGGGAGGUUGUGCUUCUUGAACGUAAGUUGCAGCUUUCCCCACACCCCUUCUCCUGCUGCAGCCUGCGCCCCCCGCUCCUCUCGCCGCGAGUUGUAAGCCACCCCGAGGGGCUGGGCCAGCAACAGCGCUCGGAUCCGGGGAUCCUUGAAGAGGCUGCAGAGCCCCCCCCCCCCC